AUGGAACCCAGGAAUACAUCCCGAGUAACUGAAUUUAUCCUAUUAGGAAUUCCUUUUCUGUAUGACUUUCACCGAGUCUUCUUUGUGCUGGGUCUGUUCAUGUACAUUGUAACCAUCCUUGGGAAUGGCUUCAUCCUCAUCAUCGUCACAAUUGAGCCAAGACUUCAGACACCGAUGUACAUCUUCCUGAGCAACCUUGCUUUCCUGGAGAUUUGCUAUACCUCCACUGUAGUGCCCAAAUUACUACAGACAUUUAUACAAAGCAAAACCACCAUCUGCUUCCACUGCUGUCUUAUUCGAGGAUUUUUUCACUUCUUUUUCGGUAGUACAGAGCUUUUCAUCCUGACAGCUAUGGCCUUUGACCGCUAUCUGGCCAUCUGCAAGCCCCUUCAGUAUCCCAUCAUGAUGUCCAAGCACGUGUGCCUUCAAAUGUCUUUGGCCACCUGGUAUGCUGCCCUUAUAGUUAUCUUUCCUAAUUCUUUUAUGGUUUGGAGAUUGCCGUUCUGCAGGUCCAAUGUCAUUGAACAUUUCUACUGUGAUUUUGGUCCUGUGUUGAGGCUUGUCUGUGCGGAUACGCAUCUCAUUGAGUUUCUCAGACUGUUAGCCGCCUUUGUAAGCGUGAUUAUGACCUUGCUUCUCAUGAUUCUGUCCUACAUUUUCAUUAUUGCCACCAUCCUAUGCAUCCCCUCCACGGUGGGGCAGAAGAAGGCCUUCUCCACCUGCACAUCACACCUUUUGGUGGUGUCCAUAUUGUAUGGAGCUCUUGUCUUUAUGUACGUGAGACCCAACAUCCAGUUCUCAUUUCGCUUGUCAAAGACUGUGGCAGUCUUUAACACCAUGCUUACCCCAAUGCUGAAUCCUUUCAUAUACACAAUUCGGAAUGCCGAAGUCAAAAAAGCCAUCCAGAAUGCAAUCCAUAAAAGGAAAGGCACCUUAAAUUGA